AUGCCGGUCCCUUCCAGAUCAGGACCACCAAGGGACGCGGAUACAAGUCAUAUAAAGGAUAUAUUGCUCUUUUUGAAGCUGUAUUCUGAUAAUGCGACCACCUUUCAACCAGCGGACAAGGAGCUACAGUCAAUGUUUAAGGCUGGUUCCGAAUUUUAUAUCAGUACCGCUGCUCCCCUUGCGAGUAUGGGAACAUCUUGGACAUUUAUCCCACCGAAUUCCCCUCAUUAUGGAGGUCUGUGGGAGGCCGGGGUCAGGUCGGUCAAACACCAUCUGAAGCGUGCGUUUAAUGAUAGGUUGUUGACUUUUGAGGAAUUUUCCACGGUGCUUGCCGAAAUAGAGUCUUGUUUAAACUCGCGUCCUAUCUGUCCGUUGACGGGAGAUGUUGAGGACCUUCAAGCUUUAACACCUGCGCAUUUUUUAAUUGGGGAACCGACAGAAGUAAUUCUUGAUGCAGCACCUCCGGAGAUACCGGAUAAUCGUUUGGAACGAUAUCAUUUAUUGCAGGCGAUUCGUACUCACUUUUGGAAACGAUGGUCGCUAGAAUAUAUGCAACAUUUGCAGGAGCGAUCUAAGUGGCGAGAACCCACGGAGAAUUUCGCAGUUGGUCAAAUGGUUAUAUUACGCGAUGAUCGCUACCCGCCAUCGAAAUGGCCUUUGGGCCGUGUAACCGAGGUCCACCUGGGGCCUGACGGUUGUGUAAGAGUGGUGACUGUCAAAACAGCGACCUCAAUUUUGCGAAGGCAUGUAGCACGAUUAUGCCCUUUGUAUGUGGAGCAGAAUUCUGCCAAAUCCGAUACUGCCAAUAAAGAUAUGUAA